AUGGGUUUACGAGUUGCGCAAAUUUGCGGCCUCUGGUUCUGGCUAGCUUUCGCCUUCUUUCUCUUCGUAAUCUUCCACCAAUCCGACAUCAUCCUCCCCUCACCCUCCUUACACCUCGAUCCCAAACUCCACAACCCUAGCCGUUCCCCUCUCAAACCCCUUUCAACCUUUGAACGAAUGACCCGCUCCGAAUCCGCCUGGCGCACCUCCGUACAUUCCCGUCAUGAAAUGGCCAUCAAACAUCCCUCUUACCCACGGAUUCCCCUUUUCCCAGCCCAAAAACUAUCCGAUUUCUCAAACACACCUUAUACGAUAUGGGAUUUCUUUCCUGCAUCAUGGACAUGUCCGCAUGAUAUUCAACGAGUGGGACGAUUAGGCGAUGGAGGAAAAUGGGUUUGCGGUAUGAGUUUAUACGAAAAGCACAAAACACCGUCUACUUCCAAAUCCGCCUCUAAUAAGAAAUCCGAGAAAGAAGAGAAGCAAGAAAAAGAAAACAAAGAUGGAAUAAUCAUCUACAGUUUUGGCGUCAACGACGAAUCAACUUUUGAAGAAGAAAUGCUCUCCCGAGUCCCCACCUCUCAAAUCCACGCUUACGAUUUCUCCGUCACGAAAUUCGGUCCUCAACUUUCCCCUGCCUAUGCCUCUCGAGCUCACUUUCUCAAGUACGGUUUGGGAUCCAAAGAUAUACCUUCCAAAACACCCCCUUUUUACACGCUCCAAACACUCAUGAGGCAGAAUAACCACAGCUAUAUUGAUAUCCUCAAGAUCGACAUUGAAGGAUCUGAAUACACGGCUUUGGAUUCGUUUAUGGAUUUUCAUCAACAAGAAGGUAAAUUACCGGUUGGUCAGGUGAUGAUUGAGUUACAUUUGGUGGAUGAUGAACAUGUGGAUUUUGAGCGGUUUUUGAAAUGGUGGGAACGGCUUGAGGGGUUUGGUAUGAGGCCGACUUGGUUUGAGACGAAUUUGCUGGCCGUUACUUUGGGAGAGGGGAAGACGGAUCCGAGGUGUGUAGAGUAUGUUUGGGUUAAUGUGAGGGAUGAGAGGAGUGUUUUGUUGGGAGAGUAG